AUGCUUCUGAUUCUAUCACCAGUUCAUUACGGAAGUUGUUCAUUGAUGAACCAGAAGAAUCUUUUUCGUGUUCAUCAUCGGAAUCCGACGAAUUGGAAGCUCUACCUUUUGGAACAUUCUUUGUGUAGAGGCCUAAGACGGAAAGUGGAUCAUCACCUGUUAUGCGUGUGGAGUAGUUCUAUCGGGUCUAUACUGAAGAAGAAGAAGAAGAAGAAGAAGAGUAGUUCUAUCGGGGGGAUAUUAUUUGAUGAACCAGAAGAAUCUUCUUCGUGUUCAUCAUCAGAAGCCGACGAAUUCGAAGCUCUACCUUCUGGAACAUUCUAUGUGUGGAGGCCUAAGACGGAAAGUGGAUCAUCACCUUUUAUGCGUGUGGAGUAG